CGAACGCUAUCGGUGCUUCAUCCACCACUGGACAAGUGAAGCAUGGCGAGGAUAUCCAGCACAAUGCGUGUCGCAGUUCAGACUCCACUACCCAAGGCGUGGUCCCAGUCGGAGACUCUGACACUUCAGCUCUCCCACUUCAGUCUAUCCCACAUUGCAACUGGCGGGCCUGCCAUCGUUGCUUACCUGCACACAUGGAACGAGCAUGGGAAAGCAUCAACGCAGUGUGUAGACCCGAAUUCCCAAUCCCGGGUGCCUUCAACUUGGGCGAGCGGGUCGUCGUGAACGCAGUGUUCGUCUCCAAUCUAGGGCAGAGACCGAACCCAUCCCCCACUCCUCCUCCGGUGCCCCGAUACUAUGGAGGCGAGUCGCAGCCCGCACUACAUGCCGUGUCGAGCUAUCGUGGCGUAGCACGCUUAUCAUCCUAUCUCCCGAACGCAGCCACCGGAUCUACAUCUCAGAGCUCCUCGUCUGCCUCGAGAGUGACAAGCCCUGCGUCCAGGUCAACAGUGGAUCUACCGUCGUACAUGUCGACAUCGACCAGUGAUGCUACCAGCUCUGGCUCCCAGUCUUCCUUUGCCUCAUCAUCCAUAGGUGAUUCCAGCGACCGAUCUCCAUCCGUGCUACCCACUUACCCCAUUGCCAGACACAACAGUGCAUCGCAGUCCACACACCAUCUGCCCCUCCCUUCACCUCCAACAAGCCAAGCAUUGUCAUCAUCCACAACCGGACUACCCUCCUACCCAGUGACAGCAACAGCAACAGCGACCCCCCGCCAAUUCCACGGACCCCUCAACUCCCACCCCACCAACGCAAGUUACGAUCCACCCCCGGCUAACCGGCUGCAGCGAGCGCGCACCAGGCUACAGGCCAUCCUCGAACCCCUCGGACGCAGCCUGACGCCCUCACCGAGGGAUUAUAGUGCUGAAGCUUCCUCCGUCUGGGUCAAUAUCGGGAAUCACUUGCGCACGGCACUACGGAAGAGAAGAUAUGGCGAGUUCCUUUGGCGGCGUCGCAGACAGGUAGAACAGCCGCCCUGCCCUCGUGGCCCGCGCGGCCCCUGUCCCUUCCCCAUGGCCCCCGGAUACCUCAUGGCUGCUGACCCGGAAGAGGUGCGAGAGGAGCGCGAGGUGUUCCGGUUUGGGCAGAUGGUGGGUCGCGAGCGCUGCAUUAAUUCGGGUCUCCACGUCUGGGAGGAUGUCAUGCCGGUCAUUGAAGAGGUGGAGCCUUGGGAAGAGGAGUCUCAGAGUGAGGAUGGGGAUAGUAGUUGGGGGGAUAGUAGGGAGGAAGAGGAGUUCGAGGAGGAGGAGGAGGUCAGCGAGGAAGUGGAAACUGAGGUGGGGGCUAUCGAGGAGGUGAUAACUGAGGAAGAAGCAAGUAAAGAUAAGGGCAAAGGGAAACUGGAGCGCGUCGAAAAGGGCGAUGAGUGCUACGAAGGGACGAGUGACUCGGAGGACUCGGUUGGAUCGGACGAGUCGGAUUUGGUUGACCCAAUCUUGAUAUCGUGACGGGUGAAGAGCGCUUGAAGUGACCUCUUCUUGAGGCGAAUUACACGGAACCUGUCUCCACUAAUGUGCCGUGGUCGCUGAUUUGGUUUGUCAUGUUGGUGCUGGGACGUUGAGCUAGGUGUUGAAGUGGGGAGGUGUGUGGUCGGG